GUGCCAGGGCCUUCAGUGGGUAGAGUCCAUCAGCUGCUCUGUGGGCAGGCAGUUGGGGCUAGGGGGCUCGCCAUCAGAAGUAAGACUGUGUAUUCCACUGACUCUUGCCUGACGAGAUUGGCAGUACCAUGGGUGUCUGGCAGUGGCUGACCAUGCUCCUAUUGUUGGUGCUCCUGGUGGGAAUCCUGGGGUACCCUGUAUGGCCGGCUGCUGUGGCAGUGGUCCUGCGCUGGUUCCUCGGAGACCGCCUGUGCUUCCUGCUACUGGGCCUGGUGACACUGGCCUGGCUCUGGAUCAGCCCCUGGCAGCCUCACUUGCCGGGCCUGGUGGCUGCAGUCCUUCCUCUGACCCUGCUUCCCGCACAGCUACCCCCAUGGCUGCGCUGGCUGCCUGCAGAUGUGGUCUUCAUAGCCAAGGCCUUUUAUCUGGCCUUGAGCAUCAGGAAACGCCUGAGCAGACAGCCUCUAGACACCUUUGUGGAUGCCUUUGAGCGGAGGGCACGAGAGCAGCCUGGCCGGGUAUGCUUGGUGUGGACUGGGCCUGGAGCCUGUAAGGUCACCACUGGUGAGCUGGAUGCCCGAGCCUGCCAGGCAGCAUGGGCCCUGAAGGCUGAGCUGGGCAACAUGGAGGGCCUGCGUGCAGGAGAACCUGUUGCUCUCCUGGUAGGAGCCUGGAAGGUCAUUUCUGCUGUGAGUCUGUGGCUGGGGCUGACCAAGCUGGGCUGCCCGGUGGCCUGGAUCAACCCGCACAGCCGCGGGGCACCCCUGGCACACUCUGUGCUCAGCUCGGGGGCCCGGGUGCUGGUGGUAGACCCAGACCUCAAGGACAGCCUAGAGGAGGUCCUUCCCAAGCUGCAGGCUGCACACAUCUACUGCUUCUACCUCAGUCAUGCCUCCACCACACCUGGUGUGGGGUCAUUGGGGGCUGCCCUGGAUGCUGCACCCUCUGACCCAGUGCCUGCUCACCUACGUACUAAGAUCACGAGUCGAAGUCCUGCACUGUUUAUCUACACCUCAGGAACCACAGGGCUCCCAAAGCCAGCCAUCCUUACACAGGAGAGAGUGCUACAGGUGAGCAAGAUGCUGUUCAUGUGUGGGGUGACAGCUGAUGAUGUGGUCUACAAUGUCCUGCCUCUCUACCACACCAUGGGGCUGGUCCUGGGGGUCAUCGGCUGCCUGGAGCUUGGAGCCACCUGUGUCCUGACACCCAAGUUUUCUGCCUCACGCUUCUGGGAUGAUUGUCGGCAGCACGGUGUGACAGUGAUCCAGUAUGUGGGCGAAGUUCUGCGGUACUUGUGCAAUGCUCCCCAGCAACCUGAAGACCGAGCACACAAAGUCCGCUUGGCAAUGGGCAAUGGACUCCGAAAAGAUGUAUGGGAAACCUUCCAGAAGCGCUUUGGUCCUAUUCGGAUCUGGGAAUUCUAUGGUGCUACAGAGGGCAACACAGGCUUCGUCAACUAUCCAGGGCACUGUGGGGCCGUGGGCAAGACAAGCUGCUUUCUUCGGAUGCUGGCCCCUUUUGAGAUUGUGCAGUUUGACAUGGAGGCAGCAGAGCCCAUGAGAGACGAGCGGGGCUUGUGUAUCCCGGUGGAGCCUGGGAAACCAGGGCUCCUGUUGACCAAGGUACUAAGCCACCUCCCUUUCGUUGGCUACCAUGGUUCCCGAGAGCUGUCUGAACGAAAACUGGUGCGGGAUGUACAACAUCCAGGCGACAUUUACUACAACACUGGGGAUAUCUUGUCUGUGGACCGUGAAGGCUUUUUCUACUUCCAUGACCGCAUUGGGGACACCUUCCGAUGGAAAGGUGAGAAUGUGUCCACACGGGAGGUGGAGGGUGUGUUGUCACUGGUGGACUUCCUGCAGGAAGUGAAUGUCUACGGUGUGUCAGUUCCAGGUUGCGAGGGCAAAGUGGGCAUGGCUGCUGUGAGGCUGGCCCCUGGCCAGACCUUUGAUGGGCAGAAACUGUACCAGCAUGUGCACAAAUGGCUCCCAACUUAUGCUGCCCCCCAUUUCAUCCGUGUUCAGGACACUCUGGAGAUCACAGGCACAUUCAAACAGGUCAAAUCCCACUUGGUGCGAGAGGGCUUUGAUGUGGGGAUCAUCACUGACCCCCUGUUCAUACUGGACCGCCGGGCCCAGGCCUUCCAGCCCCUGACAACAGACACGUAUCAGGCUGUAUGUGAGGGAACCUGGAAGCUCUGACCCCCUGGCCUGCCGAGAGGACAUCUGAAGGGGCAGGGACCAGCACUGACUCCCUUCUUGCACAGAGCUGUCAGAAUUCCAGAUGCACAGGCCGAUGACAGCACUGGCCCUGGCAGCAGAGCAAGAAUAAAAACUCAAAUGUGUA